AUGCACACAUCCAACUACGUAAACAUGCGCCCCGGAGCCCCUGUCCUUGACUGCGGCGACGCUUGCGGGCAGCCUUGCAGAGGGUAUAUAGCGACGCCGCGGGCGGUGCGAGCGCGUGCGAAAGGGAGUGCGCAAAGAAAUGCAGAGGGGGAGGGCGAAAGCAGCGGUCGCCAUUGCUGUUGA